AAUCGGUACACUCAAGAAGUAAAUUGAUGAUGUCCUGUCCUUGUUUUCAUGUCAUUUGUAGGAUGGAUACUUGUAUUUUAGUUGUCAUGCCGCUUUUUCCGCCCUAAUUAUUAUAAAUCAAAUUGAAACCUUGGACUAUGACGCAUUGACAUGGGAACAGUAGUACGUCAUAGACAUCAUCAUCAGCCAUGACCUCAACCCAUAUAAAGUGAAGACAGCGAAGGUGCUUUCAUUCACACUUCCACGAAGAGAAGGGAAAUUGCCGGUAUCACAAAAAUGUAUCAUCGUUUAUCCUAUCGAGCUUUGCGCGCCUCGCAAACGGCGGUAUCGCCGGUAGCAAGAGCAUCCAAGUCAAACAGAUCUUUUGCAACAGGCUACUGGUACUACAGCCAUCCCAAUGAAGUCGCCAACUUGGAAGCCAAAGCCAAGCGAGAUGAGGAGGAAUUGAAGAGAAAGGCGUCUCUCGACUCGACCAUCCAGGCAGCAGAAGCUAAAGCUCGCCAAGCUUCCGAAGAUGCUCAGGCGAAGUACGAAUCAUACAAGUCUUCAGGACAAAAGUCCCUUUCAGAUGCUCGCGGUUCCACAGAGAAUUUGUAUAAUGAAGCACGCGCUACCGGUGAGAAGAAGUAUGAUGAAGCGAAGGCCGCCGCGGAGAACAAGAAGAAUGAGGCGAAGGCUAGUUGGGCCAGCUGGCUGGGAUGGGGUAGGAGUAAAUCUGAGGAAGUGAAGAAGGAUGUAAGGGAUGCGGCUGAUAAGAACACAUGAUGAACUUUUUACGCAAGAUUAAAAAUUGGAAGAGAGGACUCGUGUAUGACUAGUGUAUUUCGCGGUACAUAAAUUAUGUGUUGCCAUAUCGAUGAAGUCUUCGGAGGCAUCACGCACUUCAAA